UGUUCCCGCCAAGGAACCGAUGCAAGCCGGUAUUUCUGUUAUGUUUUGCGGGACUCGCAUGACUAUAUUGAAUUUUAAAAAAUUACAGUUUAAUUUAGUUUAUUUUAAUUUAUAUUAGUGUUACGUCGUGCGUAUCGUGCAAACAUGUCAGAAGACAAGGUAACGACAGAAGAUAUGUGGACCCCAUAUAAAGAACUACAAAGUCUUGUUGACAAGUACAUAAUAUCAGUUCCUGAUACACAAGAUCCACAAUAUCAUGAACUUACAGAAGCUUUGCGAAAUCAUAGACAGAAUUUUCUUGCCAUCUUGAAGAAUCCUCCAAAAAAGAUAAAAAGUCGCGAGGAAAUUAAGAAAGGUGUUACUGAAGGUAUAACACUACCUGGCUUGGGUCAUCAAGUAUUAUCAAAGGAAUUGGUAGAUGAAACUCUCAUCAUAUCAGAUAUGUAUGAUUUGAAUGAGUUCAUGGCAUUGGAUCUUCUCUGUACGGCUCAACUUCAAAUGCCACAUUAUCCUGGAUUAACACGUGGUCUAACAGCUAUUUUACUAUAUUAUGAUGGAAGAAAAGCACUAACUUCAGUAUUAAGGAUAUUGGUACACACUCGCAUUGGCCAUAGUUGGGCAGUAGAUGUACCAAUUGCUCUUAUAAGACAUAUUACAGAAUAUACAAACAAGUUGCAAGAAGAUGGCCUGUUGAACAGGAUCUUAUCCUUGUUAGAAGAAAUGGAUCCUACUAAGGAACAAGAUUUGCUGCAGCAAAAUAGAGCAUUGGGUGGGGCAAAACAUCAUCAAAUGGUCAUGAAACUUUACAAUGACACACGACAGGAUCUGGCCGACAUUUUGUUCUUAUGGUCUGCUCAAUCGUCAUUAUCGAAUACAAUUCUGUUCCGUCUGUUAUCGAUGUUGCAAAUACGUCAAGUAGAAUCUGAAGCAGGUGAAGGAGGACCCGAUACGGUUACACUUGCUCUCAUUAUGGCUGCUUUAUAUGCUAUAAACUUCAAUUUCUUGCAUAGUCGUGAAAAUGGCGAAGGUAUAUCGCGCAAUAUUUCAUUUCACAGCGUUUUGAUGUAUAUGCAUUUCUUUUUUUUAGCAAUUAUCACUCCAAUAUCUCUUGCAGAAUUAAUCAACUCGAUACCGCUGAUAGCGGAGAGGGGAAUACUAGAGGAAGUGAAUAAAAAAUUGACGUCUGCAAGCAUAAAUUGGGAAAGUGCCGGAUUGCGCGGAAUAAUACAAUUCGCUUUGGCGAUAGCUAUAAACACGCUUAAAACGACCAGCACUCAAUUCCAAUCGCAGAACAUCACGACGGAGGACGAGAUAUUAAUCGAAGCAGCCAUGUCCAACAAGGCUUUCCACUUCAUGGCUGAAGUCCUGUUCAAAAGUAGCUGUAUACAUCAGGAAGAAUUCUACGUUCGUUAUUUUCACACCCUCAUCUCAGACUUUAUUCUACUGAUGCCGAUGAAAGUCAAAGAACUACGUAGUCGCGCCGAUGAAUCCAUGCGCCUGAUACAAGCGUUCCAGCAGGAGGGCAUCGAACCCCCCAUGAAUCUGGACAAUCAUUUCGAGUAUUUGAUGUUAAUGGUGGCGGAACUAUACAGGAAAGAUCCACUGAACUUGAAUCUAGCCAUGGACUAUUGGUGCCAUCACACCGAUACUACUCACGUGACAGCUCCGGCGUACAUCAUUCGCCUGCCUUCCAGACAGGUCGCCCUCUUCAAAUUUGUACGGCUCGCUUACGUACGGGAGAUCUUGCCGCCAGGCUUGUUCGUUCCCUACAUGAAAAUGAUAGCGUCUCUUGCAUCAUCACCACAAGCAGCCAGACAUGCGUUUAACUUUUUUAAACCUAAUGGGACUUCUGGUUCAGCAACGAUUUCCUGGGAUCACUUCUUCAGCUCUCUCAGCCGAUACUAUUAUAAUCUAAGACAGGAACUACCUCCCAGUCAAGACACAGUGUACAGACAAAGGUGUCAUCCGAAAGGAAUCAUGCCUCAAGAGGUGAAAGGUCUGGAAGCAGUGCUACUGGUAGUUCAAGUGAUCGCGAAGAACGACGAAAUGUCGAGAGUCGCGAUAUGUGAUCAUCCCGGUUGGAAGGUCUUGCCGUCUUUGAUCGGCUUAGUGAGCUGCGCGAUGCCGAUACCGCUAAAAGGUGUGUUGGUGAGAACUCUCGCAACAUUGGCCAGAUCAGCAGAAAGCUCUUCCACUGUUUGGCAAAGCUUAGAGGCCGCCCAGAUCUUGUCUACGAUACCGACAACGAGCAGUUAUCAGCCGAGAGGCGUGCAAACGGAACUGGAGGAGAUCGAAUCCAGGAACGAGGAGUACCCAUUGACGCGCGCUAUGUUGGAGUUGUUGGACGUACUGACCGAUUUUCCGAUACCACGUCUCUUGGGCGUCGGUCAACGCAACCCAGGAUUCGACCCGUACUUGCACUUCGUCAUCAACACCGUGUUCCUGAGAUUCCACACCCGUUCGUACAAGAAUUCCGCGGAAAAGUGGGAGGUCGCGGAGGCUUGCCUAAAGAUCUUUUCCAAGUUGAUCAAGCAGUACGAGCCGACCAUCGAGGAUUUCGUAGGCUGCAAGGUGGAACUGCAAGGUGGUGAGUCCACUUCGGUGAACUCGGCGCCGGGAUAUCACCUGAUGACGCAACUGCACAGGUCUACCGAGUUGUUGCACGUGGUGUUGUACAUCUUGGACGAAGGCUGCCUUCAUUUCGACACCUACGACACUUUUCCAGGCAAGAAGUAUUUGGAGAGUUGCAGUUUAUAUUGCCUGGAAGUGCUCGAGCGUGGCCUGAAGAUGCAGAACAAUUAUAUGACGCAGUUAGCCGCCAUACCUGUGAACAAACUGAUGACCGGACUGUCGCGUUUGCUGCUCGGGGUGAAUCCUCGCACCGGCAAGCCGGAUCACAUGAUCAAUAUCGUCAAGUACGUCUCUUAUAACUCGUGGUUGCCGAAACAGGCGUUCGUGGCCGUCGGUGUUAUUCACGGUGUAACCAACGAGCCUGGAGCAGAUUCUGAAUUAUUGGCGAUGUUCACGGCGACUUCCACUUUAGCGACGAACAUCAGACAUGGCUUCGUCGAGUGCUUGGAUGCGGACAAUGUUCCUGAGGAUGAAGACGAAAUGAUCGGCGGCGAGCAAACCAGGCAGCAGGCUGGGAAUUGCAAAGAGAGAAUUCUGCUGUUGAUGAUGCACAGCAUCACCCGUCCGGCACCCAACUUGGCACACUACUUGCUCGGCUUCGAGAUCACGAAGGACAUCAGGAAGACCGUCAUCCAGCAGCCGGGAAUUCUAGGAUUCCCACGCACUUGUCUGCACUCGAUCCUAGGUAUCUUGGAACAGUCUCUCGAUCACGGUCGUGACAAAAUCACCGAAGCCUGCUACUGUUAUCUUCACACGUUAACGGCCAAUAGCAAGACAUCGGCGUCUGUUCUGAGGUUUCUGCGUACCACGAGUAAUCAGGACUUCGUGCAGAGACAUCUCUCGAAGCUGCCGUUCCAAGGACCAAACAGGUCGACCGAGCUCAGUUGCAUGUCCUGGUUGUUGAAGAUAGCGGCGAUCGAAUUGCGAGUCGCCGGUGGCAGUUUGCAGACCUCCCUUAUCCAGCGGCUGGUGGGUAAUUCAAAUCAAGACAAGGACCAGAUCGUACCAUCGCAGAAGCUCCUGAUGGAUCUCCUGCAUUACAUCGACUUCCAACUCUACCUGGAGCCUGCCAAAUCUUGGGAAUUCUUCGACCCGUCGCAGAUCGAGGUGGUACUAGGUCGUUGCAGUACUCCAGUCGCACUGAUGGGCGGCCCACGACUCAUCGACAUCAGGAAACUGCAUUCCCUUAUUACCGAGGAGCUGACGGUCACGCAGAGCAGCGCGACUGCCACUCAACGCAAGCUUAUGCAACAAGAGGUCAAGUCUAUACUCGCGCACGCGUUGAAAAAGAAUCAAACGAAGGUCUUGUCCUACGCGACGGUUAAGUUUGUGGAGGGCUGGUGCCAGACGACGGAGAUACUCUUCUCCGUCGCGACCAAUCAGCAACUGCCGGCGACGCAGCGGCAGAAUUUGCUGCUGAAUCUGUCGCAUGAUCUCCUGCAGAAGAUGACGUCCUGCGAGGCGCUGAGCGAAAUCAAGACGCUAGUGUCUGGCACGGUUCUAAUGUUGCUGGUGAAUCUGCGGAACAACUUCAUGAUCCAGUCGGACAAUGAACUGGUGCCGUCAUCGCCAUCGAACACAACGAUGAUGAAGAUCAUUCUGAGUCACAUCCUGCAAUGGAUCAUAAACGCCGGUGCCUCUUCGCAGAAGGUCGUGACGCAUCUCUAUGCGGCUCUGCUGAACUUCCUGAGUAUCGUCGGCCUGGAAAAGUCCGAGCACGUGAAUGUGAUCGAGACGACGUACGUCAGCCAAUUGGACAAUACGCUGAACCGACUGAUGCCUAUGCAGGAACGUUCACAACGUUACGCGACGAUACAGGUGAUCAACAGCUUCGGCAAUCAGCUGAUGGACAUUCUCUGCCACAAUUGCUCGGGUGGGCACGACGUGUGCAAGAUGUUAGCGCUGUCCUGUCUGGACAAGAUUCUAGAAUUGGACUGCGAGAAUGCGUGGAUGAUUUACUUGGCGAGCAGGGGCUAUCUCAAGCAUAUGAUCGACAGCUUGUUAGAGUCGGAUAAUCUACUGCGGUGCAUGCUGCAACCGGAGCCGCAAACGCUGCGGCCGCUGUACCUCUAUGAGGCGAAGAUGGCGAUCUUCUGCCGUAUGGCGUCAACGAGACUGGGCGCGGAGAGCCUGUUGGAAAACAAAAUCCUGUCCUGUAUGUCCAGCAUGUGCGUGUUCGAUCAACACCCAGACGUGCACAUCGGCUUCGAGGGUGGCGAUUACUCCUUCAUACCGUCGGUCGGCCAACGUUAUCAGCAAAUCUUCCUGCCAGCUUUGUACCUCUGCGACGCUCUCUUCACCACCCUGGGGACGGAGAAUCAGUCGUGUGCUGUGCAAGUAUGCGGUUUUCUGCAGAGUCAUCGGGACACUGUGGAGAUGGCCUUGAGAAACGCAUCCUCGCACGCUAAUGUACUGUUUCUCAAGGAGAUUGCCUGUCUCACCGGCGUGAUAUCCAGAUCUGCCAACAUAGACAUGUACAAACUUGUGGAUGAGGAACUGGCAAAGGCGAACAUAGACGACUACAAAUUGGAGAAUAGCACUGGGAUGAGGGAAUUGCGGGCGCAUCUUUACCGGCUGCAGAAGCUGAUGCUAUCGUUAUUGCACAAGUUUCAGCUGCAAUCAAUCCCGAUCAAUCACAACUAUCAGCAGGCCGAAGUGAACCGGAAGUACAUCUCCUGCAUACAGAUCGUCGCCAACGUCAUGUUGUACACACGUAAUCAAAUGCAGCACAGUUGCAUGGAUCAGAAAAUACGGAACGUGCUGUUCGAUCCUCAUCUGACGCCGAAAGUCGGAGGCAGGCAGGACAAGACGAAAGACGCCUCUGGCGGGAUGCACCUGGGCACAAUAGUCGAGCAAUUGGUUUCCGUGACGAAUCUGCUGCACACCGAGUUACCACAUAUAGAUUCCCUGAUCAAGAAGGUACAGAUGGUGGCCGAUAUGAGCACAGCGGAAUUAAAAAAGUACAUGUCCGAGGACGAAGUGGAACUUGACAUAGGAAAGCAACGAAUGCUAGUCGAGCAGCGGCUGAACCGUUGGGUGAAGGAUAAGCGCCUAAGCAUCAAAUAUUGCUCUCUCAUCAUAGAACACACUCUGUACAUCCUGUGGAGUCAUUUGGAUUUUUAUACCAUGCAAGUGAUAUCACGGCAGACUCAGAGGUUGCACGUGUCGUCGAGUGGCAUCGAUGAAAAUAUGGCGGAGUGGAAAGUCACGUCAGAAACGCUAAUGGAACUUAAACAGGGACUCGUAUCUACGUUUACGGAUACAUUUAUUACGCAGUUGUUGGAUACGCACAGUGAAUAUGCAACGGUAGAUUGUAAUUUCAUCAAGGCUCUCAUAAGACGAAUCAAAAGGCUGUUACAGUUUAUAAUUGUAAAAUAAUAAAAAUAUCCACGUACACAUUUGUGUCGAUAUACAUUUAGUCACAAAUUUAAAUAUAUAUAUAUUUUUUUAUAUUUUCUUGUAUAUUCCGUUAGAUAUUAA